CCCUCUUUGCAUUUUAUUUGCAGAGAUGAUGUUUUCGUCUGCAGGCAAGCGCUGCUUCACGAUAGAGUCUCUGGUCGCUAAAGAGAACCCUCUAACAGCAGAGGAUCCCAUCCGCCCGACGGCUUUAAGUUACUCCAACCCGACUACAGAUGCCUUAAUGAACAGUUACCAGGCUCCACCACCGGCCAGGUCCCUCUACCAGAGCCCGGACCUGGUGUUCCCGGAGACGAUGAACCACCCCUCACUCACCGUGGCUCCUCACCAGCUCGGAGGAUCCCACCUACAGCAUCCGCACUUCUUUGGGACGCAACACCGAGACCCGCUCAACUUUUACCCCUGGGUGUUACGGAACAGAUUUUUUGGACACAGAUUUCAAGGUAACGACGUGUCCCAGGACAGCCUGCUCCUCCACGGCCCUUUCGCCAGGAAACCCAAACGCAUCCGGACGGCCUUCUCUCCCUCCCAGCUCCUCCGGCUGGAAAGAGCCUUCGAGAAGAACCACUAUGUGGUCGGAGCCGAGAGGAAACAACUGGCCAACAGCCUGAGUUUAUCUGAAACGCAAGUGAAGGUGUGGUUCCAGAACAGGAGGACCAAGUACAAGCGACAGAAGCUGGAAGAGGAGGGACCAGACAGCCAGCAGAAGAAGAAGGGGAACCACCACAUCAACAGAUGGCGUAUCGCCACCAAGCAGACCAGCUCCGAGGACAUAGACGUGACCUCAGAGGACUAAAUCUGCGGUCCAGCCUCUGACAAUGCUGCCCUAUCCCUGCGUCCGCUUGUGACGCAUCAGAGGACCAAUACUAUUUAUUAUGUAAUAUUAUUAAGUAUAAUUAGACACAUUAGAGGACGACUCAAGGACUUAAUAUGUGAUCACUGCUCAUCUCUUCAUCAAGGUGCUAUACUCUGUGACACUGGGAGGGGGGGGGGCAUCUUAUUUAAUGAAAUCUCUUCUGAUUGUCUCUGGAUGCGGAGAGAUUCUGUCAUCAUUUGAUCAUUUUGGUUGUGUGACAGCCAAACAUGAAGAGACAUGACACCCUCUACCAUGGUGUUUUUGUUGGGUUUUUUAAAAUUGUACAUAGACCAGUGAAGGUUAUGUGUUUCAUGAAAGCUGUUUUUUUGUGGGGGGGGGUUACCACUUGCUUAGGUCAUUAACACUUCAUCGCUCACCCUACUCCACCACCUGUGUACCACGUUAAUUUAAAUUUCUCCUCACUUACAAGAAGGAGAUGACGCACAGUACGAAUCCACCCGGUGAGUCGGAGGACGCGCUCGGUGACAGACCGGAAGAACAAAAAAAACAACGUAAAGGAGCACGCAUCAAAAGAAGACGAAAAGAUCCUGCAUGAUUUUAUUCCCACUUUCACGCCUUCGAAGCCGUCUCGGCGCUUUGUUACACCUCCUAAUGAAGAUUCUUCACAGUAAUGUGACUCUUGGCCAGCUGUGCAUGACUCUGGGACAGAUGAGAAGCUGUAGAGACCUCUGGUGUUCGGGUUAACUUGAGCUGCAUAGUACAAGUUCACAGCUUCGUGCUUCUUCUGCCAUGGCACAUUUGUGAUCGUGAAUGUGUGCAGAUUUCAUCCAGCGCUGUGUGUAGUGCAAAAACGUAAUAUGACCGGAACACGGUUGUGCGAGCGGAACGUGUAAUUACAGAAAGAUGUUUUAGAAAUAAAAGUAAAAAUUAUUUCUCUGAUGGGAUAGGCAAUUUUUUUUGUGUGUAACUCAAGUGUUUUCUUUUUAAACUUCAGAUACUGCAAGAUUACAUUCCAUUACAGCCAUUGCAGUUGCAGAUUUGAUUUAUUACGUCUUACUUUCAAACUCGAGGUGCAUGCAAGUGAUGGGAAUGAAAACCCGGCAAUACUGGAGCACAAAUGAAGGAUUUUACUGUGUUUUUUUGCUGUAAGCUGCAGCAAAUCUGACACUUUAAGAAGUUUUAAUUGCUGGUUAGGUGGGUGGUGCAAUCCAACAUCCCUUUAAGGUGGUUUCUCUUUGAGAUUGAUGUGUCAGGAAUGUUGUCGGACAGCUGCACAGGUGUCAGGUGUGUUACCCAUCAGUCUGUAUUUCCUAUGAAUUCCAGCAGAAAUAGCACAGAAAUCAUUCCCAUCCAGAGGCUGAAAUUCCUGGAAAAAAAGGAGGGAAAGUAGUUGGUAUUGUGCAGAAGCCUUUUCACCAACUGCCACAGUAAUCACCUGUCAAAGGAAACGGAAGGAGCCUCUGCCUAAUGACCCCGAGGCUUUAGAGAUGAGCCCUGACGGCUGACCCUGAUGACUUGUUUUGUAAGCUAAGAGGCAAUGGAGACGUACGAGUAAAAUGCACUGCAGUAGUGCUCACUUUUUUUCUUUUCUUGUGUUUUUUUAACAACGGUGCACAAUACAUCAGACAUCUGGAGGUGUAAAGGGGCCAUAUGUUUUGUUUUGAGUUCCAGGAUAUCCUAUACUCACUGCAGGUGCAAAUACAUUGUAAGAGACAUUGAGCAUUUCUCAUUAUCUAAAUAAACACAAUCAAAUGGG